AUGAACCCCCUGAAGCUCUCGAAGCACACCGAUUAUUCAAACGGCUGGAGAGUAGAUCGCGCCAAAAGCUGCCUCCGGCAAUAUGAUAAAGCAGGCAAUCAACAAUCACACCCAGUCCUAUUUGACUAUAUAUCAUCUUUACCUCCACAGCAGAAGCUGUCCGAGGCAAUUGAGAUCCGGCAUCCACGAAGACGAAGAGGGAUAUAUUCGCCUUUUAAACCUGUAAAAAUUGAAUACUUGGCGGCCAGUGUGAAGGAAUCAAUCCGGGUUGGGAUGGGAAUACCAGGGCGUCUACCGCGAGUUGUCCCCGAGAACCUCAGCAGACCCAUAAUUGUGGACGGAAAGGUUGUGGCGCCAGGUGUAUUUGCAGGUCCUAAACUUCGCCAUGUUGCAUAA